AUGGUCAAAACAUCUGGCUGGUCCCUGAUUUAUGCGCUCUGGGAACUGGACGUGCGACUUGCGUCGCAUAUUUUUGUUCCUCAAGACGAUAGACCGGUGUUGAACUCCACAACGACCACUGUGAACUCCAAAAAUAGGUUGAUAUUGCAAAUUGAGGAUUUUUGA